GUGAUUACGCGCCGCUUUCGAGAAAGUUUGUCUUCGUGUUAAAGUGAUGGGACACGUGGUUACGUUGGUAUGGCUUGUUUGUAUAUCCCUCAUUGGGGAUGUUCUGACAGUACAAAACAACCCUGUAUUCAUUGGUUCUAUAUCUUCUCGAGAUAAGGCCCAUUUCAGUACAGUUUUUCAGAAACAAAUUGAAGAGUCACUGUCUGAUGCUCUGAAACUCUACCAUUCUAUGCUCGGUCUUAGUUCUCUCAGUGAAAAGAUUUCAAAUGUGGAUUCAAUCUGUUCUACACUAAAUAAACCCGUCAGCAGCCCAGAUUUAGCAUUUUUUGCAAGUGUGGGAAAAAAACUAUUAGAUCCUGCAAAGUGUAAGAUAUCGGCUCAAGAGGUGGAAAAAUUGUCUCAACAAUGGUUAGCUCAAGAUAUAUCAGCUGAAAACUUAUUUUAUCUGAUUUCAUCCAUGAAGAAUCUUGGUAUAAAAGUUGAUGCUAAUCAUAUCACUUCAUUGGUAAACAAAAUAAAAGCCAAAGAUACCAGUCCAACGACGACAGCUUUUAUUCUUCAAAUCUUAUCACAACUUGGAUUGACCAAAUCAGUUCUAAGUGGUUACAUAUCAAGUAUUAAUGAUGUUUUGGAUCAAGCGGAUGAAAUAAGUGGUAUUCAACUGUUUUAUGAUAAAGGUUUAUAUACAACAUCAUUGGUAGCAAAUGGUAUUGUGACAUUCUUAAAUGGAUACGGUGAAGUUCCCAAAAAUAUUGAGGACAAACUCGUUAAGUUAUUCAAUUACCUGUACGCCUAUCGUCAGACCACGAAUACGCGUGCUGCUGCCUAUAUGGUUGCUGCUUUUAAAUCCUUAGCUGAUAGUACAGUGAUGUUACCUAUUGUAAUUGAAUCGUCAGUUGGAAUCAUUGAAGAUUUAGGUCACACUUUACCUUCAGUCGUAACAGUCGAUCGAAGAAAUCCAAAUUUAAGUUUACGCUUAAAGCAUUUUUGGACUGGUGCUUAUCUGAAAUCAAGCGAAUUCAAUUUGAAAGCUAAUGAUCUCUUUACUACUGAUAAGAAAAAUGGCAAAGAUCAGGUCUUAGUUGGAUCAUCUGAUCGAGGAUUGUUCAAACAAGAUGAGAAAAACAAUAUAUUUCAACUUUCAUUGAUUUCCGAUACCAAAACUGUUUCAAUCUUAUCAGGGAAUUAUGGAUUGGAAAUAACUGUAGUCAGUAAAAAGGCUAAUGAUCAUCGUAAACUUUUGGGAGUUAAUAAUGUCCAGGUUCCUAUACGUGUGGUAACAGAUGUGAAAAUUUCUAAAAUUACUGUUACUCUACAAGAUAAUUCACAUGAACGUCAUAUUUCAGAUAUCAGCCUAACACCUGGUGUAACCUAUAAGGCGUCAACAGUUACUGGUGCUAUCAGUUUAGAAAUUGGCCAACAGAUAACAAUUGAUAUACAUCUUACAGAUAAUGAUAACAACUCAUUGACAGCACAUCAAGUUUUUGUUCAGCUUACACAUGAAAAAACCCUACAGUCUAUCACUUAUAUUUGUACUGAAAUGAUUGAAGAUAAACAAUCCGGUAAAAAAAGUUAUCAUUUAUUCCUUGAUCCAGAUGUGUCUGCAGCUGAAUUCGAUUACCUUUCAGGAGUAUAUAAAGCAGAACUGUUUGUCGGUGAUUCACUCAUUAAAACUCCACUCAUUUGGCAUAUGUUUAAUUUAGAACUUUAUUUCGUUGGUGAAGCUGGUCAAGAAACUAAGCAUCGUAUUGCUCAAGCUACAGAUAUUUCACGUCAACAAUCAUCUUCUCCAGCUGCUUCUAAACGUGCAUUCAGUCCUAAUGCUAUCAUAGGAUUUGGACCUACAACAGCUAAGCUAGAAAUUGAGCACAUAUUCCGUGCUCCAGAGAAACGAGCUCCAGUUAUUUUAGCUCUUACAUUUACUGUUCUAUGCUUAUUACCACUUCUUGGAUUGUUGAUUGUUUGGAUGGUUAUCGGCUUCAAUGUGUCCAACUUCAAGUUUUCAAUGUCCAACAUUAUAUUUCAUGCUGGUCUAAUAUCUAUUUGUUAUCUAUACUUUGUCUAUUGGUGUCGACUGGAUAUGUUUACAACUCUUGGCUAUUUAACUAUUCUGGGUAUACCAACUUUUUUAGCUGGUCAUUGUGUUCUACGAGGUCAAGUGAUUGCUAAGAAGACGACAACAUCUGUUGGUACUACUUCACAACAGGCGUAUAAUAUGAAAAAGUGA